CAAAAAAAAUAAAAAAUUAAAAAAGCCCAGCCUAAUGUAGUGAAAAGUGAGAAUCUUGAAUUAUUUUCAGGCAAAGUGUUUAUGUUUGGAGAUGCUGAAUGACCUUACAUAGACUUAAGUGAAUGUGGGGAUCGGAAGUGUGAAAUCAUUGAACUGGGGAUUGGUUGCCUGGGUUCUCUUCAGACAGAAAUUCAUUGUGGAUUUCUCUAGAUCUCCGUUGCUUCAUCUAUACAAUGUAAAGGAUAAGAAAGACCCUCUCCUAGCUCUAACAUUCUAUGAUCCUAGGUCUUUGGAAUCUUUACUGAGUAUAUCCCUCCUGUACCCCCAUGAUGUAGGAAUGAAUUUAAAAAAUAUUGUAAAGGAAUAAUCACUGAAAUAAAAAAGCCCACAGCGAGCUGGGGAGACUCUACUGAAACAUAAAAGUCCCAGAAAGCUGCAGAGGGUGUAGAGACCUAACUGUUGAAUUGUAUGGGACUCCUGGUAACAUGUGUUGGACUCUGACAGGGAGAUGGCUAAAGUGGUCGGGGAAGCUUUAUGGAGGAGGUGCACAGAGAUAAACCGAAGCAGCACGGGUAAGGUUACGUAGAGCAGUGCCAGGGGAAGACGGCUGUUAAGGAAAGGGACAUAUGCUCGGCACACGCAUCCAGAAGUGGAAGGCAACAUCGCCUUAGAGAGACCGUGAAGGUGCCAGCCUCUCAGAGCCAAAGCUCCCUGCUGGCACAGCAGCGGGCGACAGGCACUGAAGGUGGAGGUGAGAUGUGGGAAGCAGAUCUGCCACUUGAGUCGGUAGGCACUGGGGAGCCACUGUAGGCUCCUGGUCCCGCACCAUGAUAAAUAGCCUGUCCUGCAGCCUGGCUUAAAACGGAAAGCCGGAGUUAGGCAACAGAGCACCGAGGCUUUUGCAGGCAUUCAAACAAAAGCACAGAAGAAGAGAUAGCACUGACCAGAGGAAUGCCAGGGUAUGACGAUCCGUAGUCACAGGGAUGAAGGAAAGCCAUGGGCAGAGCUUGUCAUGGACAGCUCCAAGGUGGACAUAAAUGGAAACUUAUUGGUCUUGGGGGAUGAUGGGAAGAGGGAGACGGCCCUGGGCGACCACACCAAGAAUUUCACAACCCAAGCCCGACUAGAAAGCCUGGGUUAUGGCCACACCGUGCCCUUGUCAGAUGGGGGUAAGGCCUUCUGCAUCAUCUACUCCGUCAUCGGCAUUCCCUUCACCCUCCUGUUCCUGACAGCUGUGGUCCAGCGCAUCACCGUGCACGUUACCCGCAGGCCCGUCCUCUACUUCCACAUCCGCUGGGGCUUCUCCAAGCAGGUGGUGGCCAUUGUCCACGCCGUGCUCCUCGGGUUUGUCACUGUGUCCUGCUUCUUUUUCAUCCCAGCUGCUGUCUUCUCUGUCCUGGAGGAUGACUGGAACUUCCUGGAAUCCUUUUAUUUUUGUUUUAUUUCCCUGAGCACCAUUGGCCUAGGGGAUUAUGUGCCUGGCGAAGGCUACAAUCAAAAAUUCAGAGAGCUCUAUAAGAUUGGGAUCACGUGUUACCUGCUACUUGGCCUUAUUGCCAUGUUGGUAGUUCUGGAAACCUUCUGUGAACUCCAUGAGCUGAAAAAAUUCAGAAAAAUGUUCUAUGUGAAGAAGGACAAGGAUGAGGAUCAAGUGCACAUCAUAGAGCAUGACCAGCUGUCCUUCUCCUCGAUCACAGACCAGGCAGCUGGCAUGAAAGAGGACCAGAAGCAAAAUGAGCCUUUUGUGGCCACUCAGUCAUCUGCCUGCGUGGACGGCCCUGCAAACCACUGAGGGUAGAAUUUGUUGCAUUAUCCUAGAGCAUCAGGGUCAGGGUGCAAGAAAAAGGCUUAAGUAUGUUCAUUUUUAUCAAAACGCAAAAGCGAAAAUGAUGUCACUUUAAGAAAUAUCCACUGUUUGCAAAGUCUUAUUAAACAAAAAUGGAACAAAGAAGCUGUGACCCUGGCAGGAUGUCUAAUGUGCACCUAAAAUUCAUAUGCGACAAAAUUGCCUAGACCUUACGUAGGAAGAGAAUACUUGAAGCAGUAUCCUGAUGGGGUUAGAAGCAGAUUUUAUACUUUUAACUGGAAUCUUUGGGGUUUGCAUUUAAAUCAUUUAGCUGAUGGCUAAAGAGCAAAAUUUAGAAGCAAAGAAAGCAUAGAGAUGUGUUUUAUAAAUAGGCUUAUGUGUACUGGUUUGCAUGCGCCCAUCCAAAAUGAUUAUUUUUAUAGAAUCUAAGUUAAACUUACUAUUUAUAAUGCAUAGGUAACCAUUAACUAUGUACAUAUAAAGUAUAAAUAUGUUUAUAUUCUGUACAUACGGUUUAGGUCACCAGAUCCCAGUGUACUUCUUAAACCAAGAUUGUAGAUAUUCUGUUUCUUUUGAUUUCUCUUUAUACAAAAGGAUCUAGAGUUGCUACAAUAAGGAGAAUAAUAAACUUAAGAGUGAAAAAUCAUA